UGUGAGGAGAGACGGGGGAUACUAGAAUUAUUGGUGUGGGUGACCCAUUUCAUGCGGUUGCACACAUUGAGACCAAUCACUCGUGGAAGAUUCUGAGAGGGGAGCCAGACAUUCAUACAUGCAAUAAUUAAAAAUCCAGCAAGUGGAUGAUAUAAAUAUUACAAAGUGCUUUGGGAAGUGGUCGGGGACUAAUAAAAAAGGUUUGCUGGGAUGGGUAACCUACUUAAGGUCCUAACCAGGGAGAUUGAAAACUAUCCACAUUUUUUCCUGGAUUUUGAAAAUGCACAACCUACAGAUGGAGAGCAGGAGGUGUGGAAUCAAGUCAAUGCAGUGCUACAGGAUUCUGAAAGUAUUCUAACUGAGCUGCAAGCAUACAAAGGGGCUGGGCAAGAAAUAAGAGAUGCAAUUCAAAAUCCCAGUGAUGGUCAGCUACAGGACAGAGCAUGGAAUUCAGUGUGCCCACUAGUUGGAAGGCUUAAGCGAUUCUAUGAAUUCUCUUUAAGACUGGAGAAAGCAUUACAAAGUCUUUUGGAGUCUUUGACAUGUCCACCUUACACUCCAACUCAACAUCUGGAACGUGAGCAAGCCCUGGCCAAACAGUUCGCAGAAAUUCUGCAUUUCACUCUUCGCUUUGAUGAACUAAAGAUGAAAAAUCCAGCCAUUCAGAAUGACUUUAGCUAUUAUCGACGAACAAUUAGUCGUAACAGAAUUAACAAUAUGCACCAGUUAGAUGCCGAGAAUGAAGUAAACAAUGAAAUGGCCAACAGAAUGUCCCUAUUUUAUGCAGAAGCUACACCAAUGUUAAAAACGCUCAGUGAUGCAACAACCAAGUUUGUAUCAGAGAACAAGACGCUGCCUAUAGAAAAUACGACUGAUUGUCUAAGCACAAUGGCCAGUGUAUGCAAAGUCAUGUUAGAAACGCCGGAAUACAGGAGCAGAUUCACCAAUGAUGAAACACUACUCUUCUGUAUGAGAGUGAUGGUGGGCGUCAUCAUACUUUACGAUCACGUGCAUCCUGUGGGAGCCUUUGCAAAGACAUCAAAAAUUGAUAUGAAAGGAUGCAUUAAAGUGUUGAAAGAGCAGCCACCAAACAAUGUGGAAGGUCUUCUGAAUGCACUCAGGUAUACCACAAGGCACCUGAAUGACGAAACAGCUUCUAAACAGAUCCGAACCAUGCUUCAGGUUCAGUAACUUCUUGGACACGAGGAUCUCUGUUCUGACCUCAGAAGAUGUACAUGUUUACAUAAUUUAAUACAAGUUGGUGUUAAUACUUAUUUGUCUAUUUACCAUAACCAUUCCCUCCUCAUCACUUAAACUGAUGAAGAAAGACAUUUAUAAUAAAAUUGAUGCCAAUUUUGUUUGAAUUUACUUAGCAUAAUAUGAAGCAUACCUGCAGCCUUAUCUACGUCUUUGCAAAGUGCAGUUGUUUUGAGCUGAAUUAAUGGCUGUAUUUUCUUUUUCCCCCAAGAUGGGCUUUCCUGGACAACCUAACUAUAAGACCAGUAUAUCUGCAAAUCUCAUUGUAAAUUUUACUAGUGUUUUAGACGUCUUAGCAUUCAGGGAAGCAGUUGUCACUGUAGCAAAGACCUGCCCAAAGGUUUGAGCUGCUUUUUGAAAAUGAUCUCAUACAUAUUUGGUCAACCAGCUGCUACAAGCAUAGAUUAUAAAGGUCUGCACCUACGUUUUGUGAGGCUUUCAUGUCUGGCUGAAAAUGUGCUUUUGGGCUUCAAAGCGAUGACAUCUAUAUAACCUGAUUCAAAAAUCCAUUUAAAUUCAAAUUUAUUAACCUCGUUGUAGGUGAACCACAUUUAAAAAAAUAUAUUAAAGUCUUUAUAAUGAAAUUGAUACCAAUUUUGUUUUAACUUUACAUAACUUAAUGUGAAGCAUAUCUGCAGUCUUGUCUACUAAAAAGUUACCUUUUUAAUUUGAUCUAAUUAUGUGCUAACAUUUUAAACCAGACUAUUGAAAGAAUUGCAUGCAAUAUUUUGUGAAUCUCACAAUAUGUUAAUAGGAUUGCAAGUCUCUUGCGGACUUGGGCAUUACGAAGAUGUUAAAUCCUGCAUUUCCCGUUAUGUGCACUUUUCGUUAAAAGAAAGGGGAAUACAACACACUUAAAUAGCUAAGUCUUUCUGAUCAGCAGCAGGCAGCAUUAGUAAAAGGGUGUGUACUCUUCUAGAUCAGUGUAAUUUCAGUUGGCAAAAUAAUGUAUACUAUUGGCCCGAUGCCAAUAAUGCCAACAAUUCAAUCUUGUUUUUCAGGUUUUAUUAUAGAAGGGUGUGUUGUGCUGCAAUGUAUUAUAAAGAAAAUAUAUGGUUUUAAUGAUCGGGAGGGUAAAAUGGUCAAGAAAUCUGUGACUGGAAUGAAUACCUAAUGACAAGGCCAAAAAUGAUUUGGGGAAAAAGUUUAGAGCUAAAUUGAUACAAAUGUUUAUUAAAAAUAGGUAAAUAACGCAUAUCAAAAAGGGGCUUCUGUUUCUAUAUCCUCUUCACAGGUACAGACCUAUAUUUCUAGUUACACCUUGGAUCUUAUUUUUGUAUAAGCAGUAAAAAUUCAUAUGUGUUGCAUUCUAUGAAUGAUGUGCACAUAAAGUAAAUGCAAUUUAAUAAUUGUAACAAAAUCUAUAAAAUACUUCUAUUUCACUGAUAAGAGAAUAGGUUAUGGCCACCCAGAUAGAAAUAGUCAUAUUUCCCCAAAUGAGGUUACUUGAUGAAGACCUAACUAUGUACCAGCCAACCUCAUGAGUGAAAAUCUUAAAUAUUAUACUCAGUGACCUAUUCUGUUCAUACCACAUGUUUAUUGUGAAGUGAGAAUUCAUUUUCAUCUUAGUUUAAUAAUGGGAAUUAUUAUGAUGCUAGAAAGACAGUUCAGGCUUUGUAUUUGGUCAUUUAAGGUGCCUCAUAUCCCUGCGGAGCUGAAAAAUACCCUUUACCCGAAGUAAAGAAUCAAGGUAAAGAUCCUUUAGGGGCAAACAUUCGAUUUUACUAAAUUUGCCAAGGAAUUUAAUUUUUUAUCUGCAGGACUCCUUGCCUUUCAAAAAAUGGUAGAACCCACAGGUCACAAGAAAGUUGUCCUUCCUGAUGAUCUUGUUGACCAUUUCUGUAUCCCAGUGAAAGUCGGUGUUGCGUGAACGAAAGCCUGACUAUCAGUACUCCUAGAGAAAUCAGCACAGAUGUGCAGGUCUGGAAUAUUGGUCUACAAUUUUUCAAUUUUUAUUUAUUUUUAAAGCGGUAAGUCAGAAAGCUGGAGAUGUUAAAUGUAACCCCACCACAGUAUUUUAGUGUUGGGAAAACGGGAGCAGGAAAUUGUCUGACCGGAGACGGAGAAGAAUGCAUUCCUUGCAUCUGCUGAUGUCAUGCUUGUGGAAAUCUGAAAAUAUUUUCAUUUAUCGUAGCCAACACCUGUGGUAUUAAUUAACUUUCAAACAGAAAUAGCUGCCAGAAUUCGUGCCAUAUUGAGAGUUUCUGUAUAAACUGGUCAGGAAUGGGUUCAGACCUGAUCACAUCCUUGGGCUAUUCUUGACCAUCCCAUUGCACAGCAUAUUCAGAGUUCUGCCACUCCAAUUUGACAUAGUUUGACAUUAUGACUGACUUGAGCCAGACAAAUC